AUGGUGCGAGUAGAAGGGGGAAGACCAAACGGCGCGGCCGCAAAAAAGAUCGUGGCAGUGCUUGUGGCAGCGGCUUUGGGCAACACGCGAUCCGCGGCUGCGACGACGGUUGCAACAAACUGCCCCCCAAUGGACCUGGUGAACCACAACAUCACGGACUACAUCCGAUGGAGCACAAUGUCCGACAGAUUGUACUUGGAAAACGGGGCCUGCGCAACCAUGACCGACAUCUACGAGUCCCGCAUCGACACGUACACGGGCGAAAACAAGGGUCCCGUCUAUCCGUUCGACGAGACCACCGGGGGGAUCACGAACAACGUCACGGGGUCCUGGUACCUCGGAUCCAGCCUCUACGUCACCGAGGGCGCGAGACUCGUGGUGCAGGGGUUGAGCAAGGGCGGGGACUGCGACCACCUCCUGCUGGCCUCGUCCGCGGAGAAGUUCAUCAACGUCCGGGCGUACGGCGGCGAGAUCAUGCUCGACGGCACCCACGUGGAGUCGUGGGACUUGCUCGAGGGGACGGUCGACGAGAACUACGACGACGGCCGAAGCUACCUUAGCGCGAUCAGCGAGGUCAUCAUCAAUCCGGCGAUGGAGUGCGAGGGGAUGGCGACCAAUGACAUGGGGGAGGCUAGGAUGGACAUCAUUGACUCGGAGAUCAACCACCUCGGACACUACGAAUCGGAGAGCUACGGCAUCGCCUACAAGGUCCGCGGUUUUUGCAAUGACCUCUCCAACCCGGAGCUGUUCGAAACGGUCGGCGUGACGGGAGACAUCCUCGGCUCGCACAUACACCACCUCUACUUCGGCCACUACUCCUACGGGCACCAGGGGGGCAACUGGAGCUACAACACGGUGCACGACAACGUCGGCUACGGAUUUGACCCUCACGACGACUCUGACUACGUCACCAUCAGCAACAACGAAGUCUACAACAACGGCUGGCACGGAAUCAUCGCCUCGAAGAGGUGCGACCACGUCACCAUCGAGAACAACCACGUCUACGACAACGGCCACGUCACCGACGCCGGGAAGAUUACCGGAAACGGCAUCAUGCUCCACCGCAGCUGCGACUACGCCACCGUCAGGGGCAACGUGGUGGAGAACAACAUGGACUCGGGCGUGGCCGUGUACGAGAGCUCCAACUGCGAGAUCUCCCAGAACAACCUCUCCAGGAACAAGAACGGAAUCCGCAUGUCCAUGGGCUCCGCCAACAACCUGGCCUUCGAGAACCACAUCGUCAUCAACGGCGAGGACGAGAGGUACGCCAUCUACCUCUACCGGGGUAACGACACGCCAGCCGUGGAAGGGUCCGACGGCAGGCCGAGGAACAACCGCGUCUUCGACAACAGCCUCAUGAGCGACAACGCCGUCGUCAUGGCCCGGAACGCCGACGACAACAUCAUCGAGGGGAACACCAUCUUCGGCAGAGAGUCCCGGUUCGUGGACUCCUUCAACACGCUGUGGUACGGCAACAGCGUCCCCGACGUGCACGAGUUCAAGCUGGAGGACGGCUCGUGCUUCGACCCGGAAAGCGAUAUGGACUACGUGGCCGGCGAGGCGGGAGGGGGAGACGGGGACGGGUCUUGGUCGUCGACGCUGUCGUACUCUUACGACUUCGGCUACGAGUACGAGGAGGGUUUCUUCUGCGGCGUCUAG